AUGAGAAGAUUCACACCUGCACCUGCUAGAUCAGCCGGAUUCACGUUGUCCGAUGCUCAUCGAUUGCGUCAGCAAGUCAAUGAAAAAGAGCAAGAAUUGGACCUGUUGAAUACCAACUUUAUUACUUUGAGAACUCAAGUGGAAUCACAAACAUUGAAUAAUUUCACAAUGGAAAGCAAGUAUUUGAGCCUAAAUAACCAAUUGAAUGAUUUGAAACUGCAUAUUGGGAAUUUGAAAGUCUUUGAAGAGUCCUCAAUGAGAGAGUUGCAGCAUAAGUUUGAUAUACAAAGUCAAGAGAUGAUGGUGAAACAUCAAGAAAAAUUGAAUCAGAGAAAAGAUGAAAUAACUGCUGAAAUUGACAAGAUACUUCAGGAGAAGCAACGUAAGUAUUUGGAUGUGGUUGAAAAGAUGAAUGCUAAUAUGAAGAGUCUACAACAAAAGAAAAAUAAUCUAAGUAACGAAUUGGAUCAGAAACUUGAAUUAGCUGCAGAGUCAUUCAAGAAGGAGGAAGAGUCAUUAAAAAAUAACUUAAUACAGCUCAAGUUUUUUAAUGAGGAAAAGUCUGCUGCCGUAAGAGACAGAGUCAGUAAGCUCAAAAAGCAAAUUGAAGAAGUUAAUGAAGUCCAAAUACCUGGUAAGCUGAAAGAAUAUGUGAGGUGCGCUUCAAUACUCGGACAGUUGCAAUCUAAAAACUCUGACAAACAAAUAGAGAUUGAUUCUGCUAAAUGUCAGAUACAGGAAAAGGCUGUCCAAAUUAAUGAGCUCGAUGAGCGAUCAAGGUUACGAAGUGAAGAACUAGCAAGAAUGAAGUUUGAGAUCAAAAGAAUGAAGGAUGAAUUAGUAAAUCAAGAAACCAAAAGAAGAACACUACAUGCUCAAUUACAGGAUUUGAAGGGUAAUAUUCGAGUUUUUUGCCGCAUUAGGGCUGUUCCUGACAAUAUUAAACUCAUAAACUUUGAUUUUCCAGAUGACGAUUUGAAUGAAGAUGCCAAGCAAGAACUAUCAAUUGUGAAAGACAACAUUGGGAUAUCCAACUCUACAAGCUCUUAUAAAUUUCUGUUUGACAAGAUCUUUUCCAUGGACCACACAAAUGAGUAUAUUUUUGAGGAGUAUUCCCAGUUAAUUCAAAGUUGUAUUGAUGGGUCUAAUGUUUGCGUCUUUGCGUAUGGACAAACUGGGUCGGGAAAGACUUUCACAAUGUCACAUCCAUCAAAUGGAAUGAUUCCACUAUCAAUAAAGAAGGUAUUUGAUGAUAUUAAAGAGCUAGACGCACAAGAACAACAAUGGGAGUACGAAGUCUGUGGGAAAUUCAUUGAAAUCUACAAUGAAAGCAUUAUUGAUCUUUUGAAUCCUCAACUGAGUGAAAAGCACGAAAUCAAGCAUGACGACAUCAAUUGCAAAACUACAAUUACAAACAUCACAGCUAUUUCAAUCACCUCCCCUGCUCAAGCAAAUUCGAUCCUCGAACAAGUCAAUAAAAGAAGAAGCACGGCUGCCACCAAGUCUAAUGACAAGUCGUCCCGCUCACAUUCCAUCUUCAUUAUUGAUAUCAAAGGUACCAAUAGAGCAUCUGGUGUUAAAACAUUUGGCACUUUGAAUCUAAUAGAUUUAGCAGGAUCAGAGCGCAUAAACGUUUCACAAGUUGAAGGAGAACGAUUAAAGGAAACUCAAGCAAUCAAUAAAUCAUUAUCAGCAGUUGGAGAUGUCAUAUCAUCCUUAAACUCCAGCCAGGGCUCCCAUAUUCCGUAUAGAAAUUCAAAGUUGACGUAUUUGUUGAAACAUAGUCUUGGAAGAAACUCCAAAACUCUCAUGUUUGUCAACAUCUCCCCACUAAGUUCAAACUUCAAUGAGACCAUCAAUUCGCUUCGUUUUGCUACAAAGGUGAAUAGUACCAAGUUGGGUCAAUAA